CUGCCCAUCCCUGCAAAGGGGCCAGGGAGCCCCAGCAGCGUGGCAGGGAGGUGACUGGUGUCUUGUCCUCAGUCUCUGUGCCCACGGGUCAGGGACAGAUGGUGAUCCCACCCCCUUGGCAGCUGCAGCAACAUCUGCCCACGCUCAACAUCUGGAAACCGCGUCUAAGCGGGGGAUGCAUCUCCUCGGCCCCGCGACCCCUAUGAGCCCAAACCUGUCCCCAGAAGGCCUCGCCACCACCACAGGACCCCUGGCCACGCGGCAGCACUGGCGGCUUUGCACCAGGGCCGGGCAGGCUGAUGCCAAGGGACAGAUGGGAUGACCAGCCCCCCCCAGCUGGAGCCCCUGGUUCAGCACGGAAGCCCCCAACACCACGUUCCCCAUCCCAAGGCCACGCCACGGUGUCCCCCAGGGUCCUGGAGUGUAAAAAAGGGCACAGCCACCCUGCAGUGUCACCUUUCGGUACUGUGGGCAGGGGACCAAGCGCUGAGCCCAGCAGCCUGGACUCGACACUGGAUAACUGGGAAUGGUUCAUAUCCCCCUCCACAGCUCCGGCACUAUCAAAGGUCGCAGCAUCCCCGUGUUGGCGUUCCCGGGAGUGGGGAGCCCAGGGGGUCCCCCGAGGUGACCUUCCACAGGGGUCCCUGGGUUGAGCAUGGUACUGGGGGAACCCCAGCAGUGGGUAAGGGGCUGCUGUGCCCCUGAGAGCCGUGCUGCCCCAUCUGUGGGAUGUGUCCCCCCGCCUGGGGUGCUGGUCCUGGCUCCCCACCCCACAGUGCCGUUGGGGCCACAACCAAAGCGAGGUUGGCACCACUUGGCUGACACCCCGCUGCCCCUACCCUGCUCCCCCAGCACCACCCCAGCCGGUGUGGCACUGCAGCUUUGGGGGGACCCCAACCCCAUGGUGAAGCCCCCCAAGAGGUGUCGGGGCGGGCGGGGGGCCAGGGAGGCCGCACAGGGCGUCCGGGCGGCCUCUUGGCUGCAAAGGCUGGGAAAAGGGCAGGCAGUUCCUGCCGGCAGCGCGGAUGCCAUGGUGAUGGGCUGCUGCCGGCAUGAAUACCCAUGAGCCGGGGGGAGCGGGAGGCCACCGAGCUGUGCCCUGAAUGCAAAGACCCCGGCACAAAGGGCCGCGGCCACGCGUGGGGCUCCGCGGCGGCGGUGCCAGCAGCCGGUGCCGCACGGCGACGUCCCCGCGCCGCAGCGCCGCGGGCACCCCGCCACAGCACCCCGGGGUGCGGGGCCGGGCUGGGGGUCACGGUGGGAUGCAGGGUGGGAUGCAGGGAGGCUGGGAGCCGUUCCCUUGGCAACGGCCGGCCCCAGUUUCCACCAAUCGAUGCGGCGGCGCGGGCGUGCGGGCCGGGAGGGCGCGUGGCCUACAUAAGCCCCGGACGAGCAGCGUGUGCCGCACCCGGCAGAUGCGCCUGCGACGCCAUGGCCAGGCUGACGGGCACCCGGCCCGUGGCCACCCGCCGCUGGGGCUGUGCCGCCGCCUUCCUCCUCCUCCUCCUCACCGUGCAAGCCGCCCAAAAAGCCGACUUUAGCGGGGACUCCACAGCGGCCACCAUCAACCACUCACUGACGCUGCUGCAGCGGCUGCAGGAGCUGCUGCAGAACGGCAACGGCAGCGACUCGGUGCUGCGGGUCCGCUCGGCCGCCUCCGACGAGCCCAAGGUGUUCCACACGCACCAGCUGCUGCUGAGCCUCCAGAGCGAGGUCUUCGAGAGCCUCCUGCGCAACCAGAGCGUCGUGACCCUGCAUGAGCCGCCCGAGACCGCCGCGCUCUUCGAGAAGUUCAUCAGGUACCUGUACUGCGGGGGGGUCUCCAUCCUGCUGCACCAGGCCAUCCCCAUGCACCAGCUGGCCAGCAAGUACCGGGUCUGGGGGCUGCAGCGCGGCGUGGCUGAAUACAUGAGGACCCACCUGGCCAGCGAGUCGAGCCAGGGCCACGUGGUGGGCUGGUACCACUACGCCGUGCGCGUCGGGGACGCGGCGCUGCAGGAGAGCUGCCUCCAGUUCCUGGCCUGGAACCUGUCGGCGGUGCUGGGCAGCGCCGAGUGGGGCUCGGUGAGCGUGGAGCUGCUGCUGCUGCUGCUGGAGCGCUCUGACCUGGUGCUGCACAGCGAGCUGGAGCUCUACACCGCCGUGGAGGGCUGGCUGAGCCGCCGGCAGCCCGAGGUGCCUGUGGCCGAGCGGGUGCUGCGCGCCAUCCGCUACCCCAUGAUCGCGCCCAGCCAGCUGUUCCGGCUGCAGGCGCAGUCGGCGGUGCUGGCGCGGCACCGCGGCGCGGUGCAGGACCUGCUCUUCCAGGCUUUCCAGUUCCACGCCGCCUCCCCGCUCCACUUCGCCAAGUACUUCGACGUCAACUGCAGCAUGUUCUUGCCCCGCAACUACCUCGCGCCCAGCUGGGGCUCCCAGUGGGUCAUCACCAACCCCGCGCGGGACGACCGCAGCACCAGCUUCCAGACCCAGCUGGGGCCCAGCAGCCACGAUGCUGGCAAGAGGGUGACCUGGAACGUGCUGUUCUCGCCGCGCUGGCUGCCCGUCAGCCUGCGCCCCGUGUACUCGGACUCGGUGGCGGGCGCCAUCCAGCCCGUGCGCAUCGAGGACGGGCGCCCGCGCCUCAUCAUCACCCCGGCCAUGAGCAGCCCCGACUUCGCCGGCGUCAGCUUCCAGAAGACCGUGCUGGUGGGCGUGCGGCAGCAGGGCCGCGUGCUGGUCAAACACGCCUACAGCUUCCACCAGAGCUCGGACGAGGCGGCAGAUUUCCUGGCGCACGCCGACCUGCAGAAACGCACCUCCGAGUACCUCAUCGACAACUCCCUGCACCUCCACAUCAUCAUCAAGCCCGUCUACCACUCCCUCAUCAAGGUGAAGAAGUAACGAGGCACAGCUGGGUCAUGCUGGCCCCAGCCCUGUGAGGGGAAUGCUUGGUCCCGUAGGUAGAUGGGGGUCCCCUCACUGGGGGGCUUCAGGACUGUGCUCUGCACUGCCCACCCCUCCCUGAGUGCUCCCCUGCCACGUCCUGUCCCCAUCACUGUCCCUGGGGAUGGAGGAUGCUGGGAGUGCCCCAGACCCGUGUAGGGGGUGCAGGAGGUGAAACGUGCAGCCCACGGGCACAUCACAGACCCCAGCGGGUGUGGGGAUGGGGACAGGGACAGCCCAUCCCUCCCAUGAGGCAGCCCUGGCGUCCCUCUGUGUGGGCAGCUGGGUCCAGCUCAAGGGCAAAUGGAGCUGCCCAGGCUGGGGCUGAGGGGUCCAUCAGCCUCCCCAGUGGAGGAGGGGUGGGGGACACCGUCCCCACUGGUGGUGGCAGCUGCCCCAUCCCUAUCCAAGUACCCCCACCCCCUUCCUAAUAAAGCAGGAAACGAG